UGAGAGAGCACUGCCUAUUACUAGCAAACUACCUUUUGACCAAAUCAAUACCUUAUCACUUUCUGGUUUUCAUUUUACCCUCUUUGUCCAACAACCUGAAUUAUUUUGGAACUCGACGAAGGAACUUUUGAAAAAUGUCCCAUUCCUGCGGAGGAAAAAUGGAUCUGUACGACUUUUGCUUGCCGCUUUCUUCAGCCGAUGAGCUCUACGAAGACCCUUGCUUCAACGGUGGGGACAUGAACUUUUUUGACGACUUGGAUGGCAAACCGUACGGUGCCGAGCCCCCCAAGUCGCAAGACCUUGACAAUUACCAACACAACCAUCAAGUCCCAGUGGCAGAAGAGGAAGACAAGCAUGUGCGGGCUCCACGGGACCUCCACCAGGGAGGCAACUGUCUGCUAUGGGCCUGCAAAGCGUGCAAGAAGAAGACAACGCACGAAGACAGGAGGAAGGCGGCAACAAUGAGGGAGAGGCGACGUCUCAGUAAGGUCAACGAUGCCUUUGAGGCUCUAAAGCGAUGCUCAGCUUCCAACCCCAACCAGAGGCUGCCUAAGGUGGAGGUCCUGAGAAAUGCAAUCGACUACAUCGAGUCUCUGCAGGCUCUGCUGAGGUCAAACAGGGACGACGGCUUCUACCCGGCGCUUGAACACUUCGGUGCAGACGUGAGCGCCUCCAGCCCCCGCUCCAACUGCUCGGAGGGCAUGGUGGAUUUCUCCUCUCCGCGAUCAACCAGAAGUGAAAAUAACGAUGCGUCUUACUGUGCCCAGACCACAGAUGAUUCUAACAAGAGCGCACCAUCACUCCUUUCAAGUUUGGACUGUUUAACCAGCAUCGUGGAGCGCAUCAACACAGACCAGGCAAUGACUUCUCUGGGCGAUAGUGUGGUCCCCGUGACCCUGGAUCCCUUCAGAACAGCCCUCCACUUUGUGAAACUUGCCUGAAAUGGAUGGACCAAAAGACUUCUUUUCCACAGCAGCCGAAGAGGCCGUAAUUGACCUUUAUUGCGCAGGUCAUGUAUAAGGACAGCGGUAAUCGGGAAAGCAUUGCUGCCUCACAGCAAGAUGGUUCCAUUUGGAUUAAGGGUUGGCUUUUUUGUGUGUAUGUGAGUGUGGAAUUUACACAUCCUCCCUCUGCUUGCACAGGUUCUGUCCAAGUACUCCAGCAUAAAUGGUAAUGGUAUGGACCUUUGGAAAAAAGAAGACAAGACCCCAUUGU